AUGACGAAGAUCGAAGCUCCCCAGGCCGCGGGCCAAGCUCCGGUUGCUGGCGCCCUGCAAAUCUCCAAGACCGAUCUCAUCAAUGAGGGGGCCGCGAAUGUUCCGUACUUCACCCCGAUCCAGCACCCGGCCGCCGGCACCGCCAGGGAUCCCCAGCCCUCCGGCACGCUCUUCUCCCCGCUGACGCUGCGCGGGCUCACCCUGCACAACCGCAUCUUCGUCUCGCCCAUGUGCCAGUACUCCGCGGACGAUGGGCACAUGACGCCGUGGCACAAGACGCACCUGGGCGGCUAUGCGGUGCGCGGCGCGGGCCUCGUCCUGACAGAGGUGCAGAGCGUCGUGCCCGAGGGCCGGAUCUCUCCCGAGGAUUUGGGGCUGUGGAGCGAUUCACAUGUCGAAGCCGCCAGGGAGGUCAUUGACUUUGUGCACAGCCAGGGGGCCUUCAUCGGCGCGCAGAUUGGGCAUGCGGGACGGAAGGCGAGCACUAUCGCGCCGUGGGUGGACCGGAAGGCCGUCGCUAGCGAAAAGGCACGGGGAUGGCCUGAGACUGUCUAUGCCCCGUCUGCAGAGGCAUACUCCAAUGCGACGUACGUGCCUAAGGAGAUGACCCUCGAGGAGAUUGAGACGUUCAAGACCAAGUGGGUUGAGGCCGUUAAGCGUGCCGUGAGAAUCGGCUACGAUACCAUCGAGAUCCACGCCGCCCACGGUUACCUCAUCAAUCAGUUCCUGUCCCCAGCCUCCAACCACAGGACCGACACAUACGGCGGCAGCUUCGAGAACCGUAUCCGUCUCAUGGUCGAGUUAACCGAGCUGACCCGCGCCAACGUCCCCGAGGACUACCCUCUCCUUGUUCGGCUAGCGGCUACCGACUACUUGGAACACGAUCCGUCGAUCCCCCAAUGGGAAAUCACCCAAGCCACGAGGCUUGCCAAGAUCCUCGCGGACAAGGGUGUUGAUUUCCUCGAUAUCUCCGCCGGCGCGCUUGACGCGAGGAUGAAGGUUGAGUUCGGACCCAAGUAUCAGGCUCACUUGGCUGCGGCUGUCAAGAAGGCUGUUGAGGGAACCUCGACACUCGUUGGGUCUGUUGGUGGCAUCUCAACCGGAAAGGAAGCCAGCGAGAUUCUCGCCGACGGGCAAGCGGAUGCUGUUCUUGUUGGCAGAGCAUUCCUCAAGAACCCCAAUUUGGUCUGGUCUUGGGCCGACGAGCUGAACAUCGACAUCUACGUCGCUAGUCAAUGUGAGUUGAGCAUGUCUCUGAGUUGCUUUGAUUUCAACUAA